CUGACCAACGAAGGGGCAGGAGCAAUGCCGGCCGCCCGAGUGGACUACAUAGCGCCCUGGUGGGCCGUCUGGCUACACAGCUUCCCGCACUUGAACCUGCGCUUGCAACCCGUGGAUAGCACCUUCACCCCUCAGGAUCCCAGUUACCAGGAGUCUUUGCUGCUCCUGGGGCUUGUGGCUGGCAUCUGCUUGGGCCUGAACUUAAUCUUCAUCACAGCCUACUUGAUUUGCUUGUGCUGCUGCAACCAAGAUGAAGAGGUACAGACCAAGCAGCCCAAAUCUUCCUGCAUCACCUGGACCUCUGUGGCAGCGGGGCUCCUCUGCUGCGCUGCAGUGGGAGUUGGUUUCUAUGGAAACAGCGAGACCAAUGACGGGGUAUAUCAAUUGAUCUAUUCCUUGGAUAAUGCCAACCACACCUUCUCAGGGAUUGACGAACUGGUGUCAGGCACCACACUAAAGAUGAAGGUGAACCUGGAGCAGCACUUGGCGCGGCUCAGUGAGAUCUUUGCCACCCGGGGUGACUACAUCCAGACGUUGAAGUUCGUGCAGCAGAUGUCAGGCAACAUCAUCCUGCAGCUCUCAGGUCUGCCUGUGUGGAGGGAUGUCAGCACGGAUCUGACAGAGGUGGCCAACAAGACCACCUACGUGGAAUAUUACAGGUGGCUCUCUUACCUCCUGCUUUUCAUCUUGGACCUGGUUAUCUGUCUCAUCGCCUGCUUGGGAUUGGCUAAGCACUCCAAAUGUCUCCUAGCUACGAUGCUGUGUUGUGGUGUGCUCACUCUCCUCCUGAGCUGGGCCUCCCUGGCCGUGGACACAGCAGCUGCAGUGGGCACCAGUGAUUUCUGUGUAGCUCCAGACAAAUUCAUCCUGAAUAUCACACAGGGCCAGGUGAAUACAGAGAUAACCCGUUACUACCUGUAUUGUAGCCAGGGCCUGAGUAACCCAUUCCAGCAGGCAUUGACCAUCUUCCAGCGAUCAUUGACUACAAUGCAGAUCCAAAUCCUUGGCCUCUUACAGUUUGCAGUACCCUUGUUCCCCACAGCAGAGAAAGAUCUGCUUGGGAUACAACUGCUGCUGAACUCAUCUGAGUCUAGCCUUCACCAGCUGACUGCCAUGCUAGACUGCAGGGGACUGCACAAGGAUUACCUUGAUGCCCUAAUUGGUAUUUGCUAUGAUGGCAUUGAAGGGCUACUCUAUCUCGGCUUGUUCUCCCUCUUGGCUGCCAUGGCCUUCUCGACCAUGAUCUGUGCAGGGCCUCAGGCCUGGAAAUAUUUGGUUGGCAGGGACAGGAGCUAUGAUGACAUAGAUGAAGAUGACCCUUUCAACCCCCAGGCCCGGCGCAUUGCUGCCCACAACCCCACCCGGGGACAACUGCGAAGUUUCUGUAGCUACAGCAGCAGUCUGGGCAGCCAGACCAGCCUGCAUCCCCCAGCCCAGACGGUCUCAAAUGCUCCUGUCUCGGAGUACAUGAACCAAGCGAUGCUCUUUGGUGGGAACCCACGCUAUGAAAACGUCCCACUGAUUGGAAGAGCCUCUCCUCCCCCAACGUACACUCCCAGCAUGAGGGCAACAUACCUUUCCGUUACUGAUGAGCACAUGAGGCAUUAUGGAAAUGAGUUUCCAGCCCAAUAGUCUUCCAGUUGUUUCUUUCCUCCUUUUUUUUUUGAAAGAAUAUUCAAGCUGCAUUUCUUUAAUAGAAAUUAAAGGAAACUAGAAAAAUGCAUGAAUGAUGGGAAUGAAGCAAGCUUGACUGAAGAGGUCAUGAGCUGGUUAGAGCUGAUUCACGAGAGGACAGGCUCCUGAGCGUGGCUGGAGUGCUGGAAUAUGGCGGACUACCAACAUAAGCAGAGUGAAGAUGUCGGGAAUCUGUAGGGCAUGUGUGCGUGCCAACCUCUCCCUAGCUGUCUUCCUCUCCAUGUUGGGAAGGCCCUAUGAUGGGAGCCUGGAAGCUGUUGUCUUCCAAGUUGUACUUCAGUCAUUCUCCCCUUUCAAAGAAAAGAUGGGAGUCCAAGAAAGGACCAGAGUGCUACAGUCUUGGGGACAGAGCUGUCUCUCCUUGGACCUUCACUGAGGACUUUGUCUUCAAUUACAUUUUGAUAGUUAUUCCCAGUCAAGCACAAGUCAUUGGAUCUCUUCAUCUCCUCUUCCCUCUCCUUCUUAAUUGUACUGAUCAGGAGAGAAUUUUUUUUAACUUUUUUUUUUUUUUUUUAAGAGAAGCUAAAUGUGAAAUGAAUAGGUCAAUACUGUCCAAAUAAAUCAGCCAAAGGGCCACACUGACUAUUUGGUAUCAACAGUCUUACUUACAAUGUGGAAGUAAGUUUGUCAAAUAUGGAACAUGGGGAUGGGAAGGUGAUAAAGUCAGAAAAAAGGACAGCAUUGUAGAGUGUUCAUUCAUAGUCUUCCAAAAGACUGUAGGAUUGGGAUAUGGGGCCCAUUUGGCCUCCUUCAUUUCAGCACAGUAUUUGUAUACAGACAUCAUGCAUGUUGGCCAUUGGCCACCCACCCUUCCUAUGCGUUUGACAGCCUUGCUUCCUCCACAGAUGGAAAUUCUGCUCUGAGUUUAUCAGACAUGGUGGGGUUGAUCUCAGGUGGUCAUGGAAACUCUUGGAAAACUCCCUUUUUCCCCCUAAUUGGUUAUCCAGAGGAGAGAAACAUUCAGCACAUUCUCCUUUUAAAAUAUAGAGUCUGGGGUUCAUUUCCUACAUUUUUAAGAAAACUGGCAUUAUUCUUAGUUCCUCUUGGCUAUGCUGAUUUUUUUUUUAAUAAAAUGCAAUAGAAAACUAAA